ACUAUCCUCUGACUACUAUUGUCCACCUAUACGAGACUAAACCCCCGCCUCAUUUUGUGUUUUCCCUGACUGUUCCUGUUUGCAUUUUUACAAACUCAGUUCGUUGGUCGAUUUUUGAGAGUUCAUCUUGUUACCUUUUAUACCCUUUGCUCGAUCAAUUUCCCAUCCAUACCCCGUAUCAAGUCAAUCCUGUCGAUCGAUCAUGUCUCUGCGCCGCUCACUUCGCUCCCGCCCUGUGCGGGAUGAUCCACCAGACUUGGAUUCUAACGCAAGUCCCAGAACCCCAGCCAGAGUUACUCGCGCUGUCGCAUCUUCAUCAGUGACCGUCUUCCGGUCUCCCUCAGACUCUCCGGAGGAGUCAAGGAGAUCUAUUCGUUUGACUGUCAAGAUGCCUUCAAGUAAGCUGCGCGAGGUUACCAGUAGUAAUACAAGAAAUGGUGCCUCCAGACGCUCCGUCAACGUUUUCACAGAAAACCCCAUAGUUACAGGGCCACGGACUAGCCGGCCCAAGAAGAAGCUCGUCGAAGUUGAUACGAGCGACGAAGAUCUGGACGAUCAGGAAGAAGAUGAAGUGGACGAUGAAGAUGCUCCCGGUGAGGACGAUGAGGAUGCAGACGCAGAUGGAGAUUUAGACAUGGAUGAUGCUCCUCCGCAACCUCCAGUGUCAAAAAGACACGCCAAAUCCGCCGCGUCCAAUUCUAAAGCAGUGAAAGGCGUCGAGGCGAAAGAAAUGGAACGAGAUGCCGAUGAUGAUGAUGAAGAUGACGAGGAGCUCUCUGAUCCUGAAUCUGAUGCCGAAGGUGAGCCUGACGAUCAGGAAGAGAGUGGAAUUGGAAACGCCAAUGGGGGCGAGGAGGACCUAGAUGAGGAUGAAGAGGACGAGGAAGAUCUCGACAGUGAUGAUGAUACUCCUACUGCCGACCCUGCCCGGAUGACCAAACGCCAAAGGGGUAACUUGGGCAACGAUUUUUUGCAACUCCCAAUGGGUAAGUCUUCUACAAGUCUUGCGAAGCUGUCUUAGGGCAAGUGCCUAACGCAGCACAGAACCACAAGUCAAGAAGCAUUUGACCGCAGAAGA